AUGAAAGUGAGUGUGAGGGAGAGGGACUGUUUGUAGGUUAGUGAAAGAUUGCUGAGGCUGUGGAUAAGAGGAUUUGGGUGGAAUUAGUGUCAUUCCUCUAUCGCCGCGAGGAAUAGAUUCAUAUCGAUUUUAAUCAGCGACAGGAUAACAAAGCAGGCAGAUUCCCGGGGAACAGCGAAGAGGAGUGAAUGGACAGGAGACGAAGAUUCCUGCAGAUCGUCGUGGCUGGAGAGCCGUGAGGAGAUACCUCCAAGCUUUCCUCAUGCCUCUGCCCUGCUGUGAGGCUUCACUCUCAUCCAGGAGCUCCACAGAGGAGGAGACGCCCAACCGCCGUGGGACGUUGGACCAGAAGCUCUGGCUCUGAGCGUGGAUGGUCUGGCUGUCGAGUCCUGGAGGCGGAGCAGGAAGCUCGCUGCGGCGGGGAUGCUGCAGCUGUGUGGCUCUUGGCAGGGAGACCUGUGAAAAAUGAAGGUGGACGCGCUGACCUGCCUGGCUCUGACGGCGGCCAGCCUUGUUGCCAUGGUGAGCGGCGGCCGCAGCUCCAACCGCAGGAGACACAAGGAGGUGUUCCUGGGAGAGAACAGCAAGUUCAAGUUUGGAGGACGCAUCGAUUACAAGCUGAAGAGACAAGACAGCACCAAAACGCUGCUAAUAAAAAGUGAACAACUGCUGAGGAUCGAGGAGCACGACUUCGCCAUGAGACCAGGCUUUGGAGGUUCAGCCAUCCCUGUGGGCAUCGAUGUGCAGGUGGAGAGCAUUGAUAGCAUCUCUGAGGUCAACAUGGACUUCACCACGACUCUCUACCUGCGUCACUACUGGAAGGACGAGCGGCUGUCGUUCCCAUCCCGUAACAACCAGAGCCGGACGUUUGAUUCCCGACUAGUGAAGAAGAUCUGGGUUCCCGACGUCUUCUUCGUCCACUCCAAGCGCUCCUUCAUCCAUGACACCACCAUGGAGAACAUCAUGCUGCGGGUUUACCCCGACGGAAACAUCCUCUACAGCGUCAGGGUGACAGUAACGGCGCUCUGCUCCAUGGACUUCAGCAGUUUUCCUCUGGACACGCAGAACUGCUCACUGGAGCUGGAGAGCUACGCGUAUAAUGAGAACGAUCUGAUGCUUUACUGGAAGAACGGCAACGACUCUCUGAGGACGGAUGAGAUCGUCUUGUCGCAGUUCUUCAUCGAACACUUCCACGCCUCCAGCGGCCUCGCCUUCUACAGCAGCACAGGUUGGUACAACCGACUCUUCAUCCACUUCAUCCUGCGGCGGCACGUCUUCUUCUUCAUGCUGCAGACCUACUUCCCCACCAUGCUCAUGGUCGUCCUCUCCUGGGUGUCCUUCUGGAUCGACAGGAGAGCCGUUCCUGCCAGAGUGUCUCUUGGCAUCACCACUGUCCUCACCAUGUCCACCAUCAUCACUGGAGUGUCCUCGUCCAUGCCUCAGGUGUCGUACGUGAAAGCGGUGGACAUCUACCUGUGGACCAGCUUCCUGUUUGUCUUCCUGUCUGUGAUUGAGUACGCUGCCGUGAAUUACUGCACCACGCUGGAGGAGAUGAGGAAGAUGAGGAGGGGGAAGAUCCCCUCCACCUUCAACGCCAGCCAGGCCAUGGCCUUCGACGGCUGUUUCCAUGAUAAUGACAUCGAGCUGACCCCCUUCCCCCGGAUGGCGCCCACGCUGACCAGAGACCCCCUGACCACGCCCAGCCAGAACUCGGACCUGCGGCCCCCGGAGGGGACCCGGCUGCGGCGGCAGCGGUCCGUGCGGGAGAACGUGGACCUGCUGGUGAACAACAGCUACGUGAUCGACUCGUACUCACGCCUGGCCUUCCCCCUGUCCUACCUGCUCUUCAACACCGUCUACUGGAGCAUGUACUCCUGAUCCGGCCUGGACCGUCACCUGUUCAAACGGAGCACCUGCUGGGAGAACUGCAGUAAAAACACCUGAACUCACCUGAGGAUGUGUUGGACUGUUUCACUCAGCUACAUCUUUAAUGUCCUGAGAGUACACCGCUGUAUAUUUGUUCUUUUUUUUAAAGUUUAUGUGUUUUCUUUUUGUGUUUUGUCAUGAUAUUGUGUUUCUUUCUGAGAGCUAAAAUAAAGCAAAGCUAAAGUAAAAAUGGCUGGUUCACAGACAGCUUCUCUGACAAUGGCCUUUUGUUGUUUCAUCUCCAAGGAUAACUUUUAAAUCAGCAGUCUGCUCUGUGGUUCUGAAGGCCAUAACAUAACAGUGGGCCUAUUAUGUGUCUUUUUAUUAGUCUGACGUGU